AUGAUGCUAACGGACAAUAAUAACAGUGCAAUUUAUAAUAUAAAAGAUAUGGCCGACGGUAGAACACUCGGAAGCGAACCCUUAGCGGGUAAUAAACCUUCAUCACCGAGAACCUUUUUCGAACGUCUGUAUGGUCAUCUAGAGAAAAAUACUAGCACCGGUCUGGGUCACGAGGAUAAUCCAGUGAGUGAAGAUGUGACUAAAUUUAACCGCUCGCCAUCGGAAAGUUCCAGCAGUACUAGUCGGUCAUCCCCUCCGUUGGAUAUCGAAGAAACGGAAGAACGAACAACUUUUCACAGUGGAACCAGUCGUGCGAAUCUAUACGAUCAACGAGUCUAUGGGUAUGAAGCCCCACAAAUGAGAUUUUCGUACGGCCAGCAGGGACUUACCGCCGGUGUCUCAGCGAUAACAUCGCUGACCGGCAAUUACGGGUCGUUUAGACCCGUGUUUGGAUUCGGCCCAGAUGGAUCGCAUUUGCCUGCGGGAUUAUCAGCAUUUCUAGCCAGACGACGAAAAAAGGAAGGACGACCUCGUCGUCAAAGGACCACGUUUAGCAGUGAACAGACGCUUCGACUGGAGGUGGAAUUUCAUCGCAACGAGUACAUUUCCCGUGGAAGACGCUUCGAGCUAGCCGAAGUGCUGAAACUUUCCGAAACCCAAAUAAAAAUCUGGUUUCAAAACAGGCGUGCCAAAGACAAACGCAUCGAGAAGGCUCAAAUUGAUCAACAGUACAGGACAUUCGCUGCAGUAAACGGUUUAUUUACACCGUUCAGCCCGCACUAUCCACAAGUAGUUUGUCCCAAUAUUGGUACGACAACGACGGCGCAUCAGAAUUUCUACGAACAGUUCAACGUACAGCCCAAAGUAGACCAAAGUCCUCCAAAAUGA